AAUGAGGACUCAGGAUUAACCAGGAAUGUAGAGCUGAAGAAGAGGAAACAUGACAUAAACAGAAGUCAGAGUAGCACAGAUGAUAACUCUUCAGUAUCAGAGAGUCAGUGUAAAACUGAUACAAAUAAAAAGUGUCUAACAUGUGACACUUGCGGUAAAACGUUUCGUGAUAACUACAGCCUGACUAGACAUCUGAAAGUCCACACAGGUGAGAAACCUUAUUCUUGUACCACAUGUGGGAAAAAAUUUAGUGAGCUGUCAAGUAUGAACAGACAUAUGAAAAUUCACACUGGUGAGAAGCCACAUUACUGUAGCACCUGCGGGAAAAGAUUCGGGCAACCGAUAAACUUGAAAACUCACAUGAGAAGUCACACAGGUGAGAAGCCAUAUUCUUGCAGCAUCUGUGGGAAGCAAUUCGGUUACAUGAUAAACUUGAAAACUCAUAUGAGAAUCCACACGGGUGAGAAGCCGUAUUCCUGUAGCACUUGUGGGAAAAAUUUUAGUGACUCAUCAGCAUUCAAAACUCACAUGAGAUUCCACACAGGUGAGAAGCCGUAUUCAUGUAGCACCUGUGGGAAAGGAUUCAGUCAUAUGAUAAACUUGAAAACUCACAUGAGAAUUCACACAGGUGAGAAGCCGUAUACUUGUGGCAUCUGUGGGAAAAGUUUCAGUCAGAAAACAACACUGGAACGCCACAUGAGAAUUCACACAGGUGAGAAGCCACAUUCUUGUAGCACUUGUGGGAAAAGGUUUUGUAACUUGUCGACAUUCAAAACUCACACUAGAUUCCACACAGGUGAGAAGCCGUAUUCCUGUGGCACCUGUGGGAAAAGAUUCAGUCAUAUGGUAAACUUGAAAGCUCAUGUGAGAAUUCAUACUGGUGAGAAGCCAUAUUCUUGUAGCACCUGUGAGAAAAGAUUUAGUUAUAUGACACAGUUGAAAAGACACCUGAGAAUUCAUAGUGGUUGAAAGUUUCACUCUUAGAAAAUGUGAACAAUGGUUUUUUAAAUUUAU